GUCGUGGUCUUGCCACUCGGAAUUGUAUCGGCGAAUGCCUAGCAGAGAGAGGGCUUCACCUGGCUCUACUUGGGACCGGGGCUUCUAUCGCGGCCUGUCCCGUUUCUACUCGACCAACUCUAGGGAUAGAUUCACAAUCACCGAUUGCUGAAAAUAAAAGCUCGUCCGGCUAAAAAUUCAGGGAUCACUCGUUUUUGAGGAUAGCUGAAACACUGUUUCCUUGGCCUCAAUUUUCAGCCUCUAUGGACCCACUCCGGCCACAUACAAUACUAUGGGCAUUUCCAGAAUAUUUAAUCUUCUUCAUGAGUCUUCCUGAAUACACUCAACAAGGGCAUAAUUCCCGAAAGAACAUCUGUCUAAUUCCGAACAAUGUUUCUUCGAGCCCUCCUUCCGUUGCUGCUUACUCCCUUGGUUGCGGCGUCUCCCAUCCAAUUGGACAGCCGUCAAUACAUCUCCGCCAAUGACCUGACCUCGGGCAACUGCAAAGAUGUUAUGUUUAUUUUUGCACGAGGAUCGACCGAAACCGGAAAUAUGGGCACCAUCGUCGGUCCCGAAGUCUGUACCGAUUUAGGUGUCCAGCUAGGAGGUAAAGUAGGCUGUCAAGGUAUUGGUGGUGCCUACACAGCCGGCCUAGAAGAAAACUUUCUCCCUCAAAACACGGCACCGCAAGAUAUUCAAGCUGCCGUGGACGUGUUCAAUGAGUGCAAUACCAAAUGCCCCAACGCGAAGAUCGUUGCCGGUGGUUAUAGUCAGGGAAGUGCCGUCAUCGAUAAUGCGAUUCAAAAGCUAUCCUCCGAAGUGAGAGAUAAAGUCAAGGCAGUUGUUCUGUUUGGAUUCACUCGCAACCUCCAGGAUUCGGGCAGGAUCCCCGGAUACCCGAAGGAUCAAACCAAAGUCUACUGUGCAACAGGCGAUAUGGUCUGUGAUGGCACUUUGAUCAUCACUGCGGCACAUCUUACCUAUGGUGCAAAUGCUGCCGAUGCUGCAAGCUUCCUCGCAUCUCACGUUAAAUGAUUAACAUGAGAUGGUCUGGUGCUUAUACCUACGGUCUAUAUCUGUAUUGCCGAGAAAAUCUCGGCUGAGAUCUUUAUGGUUAAUUAUUGAUCUUGUCGGAGGUAUUUGCGGGCCCAAUGAUCAUAGGCUUUGCCAGCAUCGGGGGCUGAUUAUUACUUUGGUUUGUACAUUUUUCCAGAGUCUUGACCAAGUCUCAAUAUUGGAA